GGCUGCAGGAUCCUCACCAGUCUCUAUUCCUUAAAGUCUCAGCUCCAACACCACUGUCCCAGAUAGGCCUCCGUGACCACAGGACUAGACCAUGGUUCUCUGCGGAGGGCGUCCGCUCCGUGAGCCACCCUUCCAGCACCCACUGCCAUGGCGAAUAUUCGCUUGUUUGGCCAUCCAGGGACUGAGCCCCAAGACCGCAGGGCUCGGGCUCUGUCUUUGCUCGGGACGAUAACCCGGGGACUGCACAGUAAGCUGUCAGGCCUUGGGACCGCUCAAAGUGAACCGGGGCCGGGUGGGGGACCGAGGGCUCUGCAGCCUUAGGAAUGCCUGUGCCCCGGGGACGCAGGGGGCAGGCCUGUCCCGGACCGCCUCUGCCUCCUCCUCCUCUUUCUCCCCGCUCCCGCUUCUCCUCCGACCCCUCCUCCCGCUGCUCCUCUUCCGCCUCCUUCCCCUGCCCGCGCCCGCCCUACUGCCAGUGCCGAGUUUCCUGUUUAAGAUGGCGUCCCCCGUAGCAGCGCAGGCCGGGAAGCUUCUGCGAGCCCUAGCGCUGCGGCCCCGCUUCCUGGCGGCCGAGUCCCAGGCAGUUCAAUUAACCUCCAGAAGAUGGCUGAACCUGCAGGAAUACCAGAGCAAGAAACUGAUGUCUGACAACGGAGUGAGAGUUCAAAGAUUCUUUGUAGCAGACACUGCGAAUGAAGCUCUAGAAGCUGCUAAGAGACUAAAUGCAAAAGAAAUUGUUUUAAAAGCCCAGAUCUUAGCUGGAGGAAGAGGAAAAGGUGUCUUCAAUAGUGGUUUGAAAGGAGGUGUUCAUUUAACAAAAGACCCUAAUGUUGUGGGACAGCUGGCUAAACAGAUGAUUGGGUACAAUCUAGCGACAAAACAAACUCCAAAAGAAGGUGUGAAAGUUAACAAGGUGAUGGUUGCUGAAGCCUUGGACAUUUCCAGAGAAACCUACCUGGCAAUUCUGAUGGACCGGUCCUGCAAUGGCCCUGUGCUGGUGGGCAGCCCCCAGGGGGGCGUCGACAUUGAAGAGGUGGCUGCUUCAAACCCAGAGCUCAUUUUUAAGGAGCAAAUCGACAUUUUUGAAGGAAUAAAGGACAGCCAAGCUCAGAGGAUGGCAGAAAAUCUAGGCUUCGUUGGGCCUUUGAAAAGCCAGGCUGCAGAUCAAAUUACGAAGCUGUAUAAUCUCUUCCUGAAAAUUGAUGCUACUCAGGUGGAAGUGAAUCCCUUUGGUGAAACUCCAGAAGGACAAGUUGUCUGCUUUGAUGCCAAGAUAAACUUUGAUGACAACGCAGAAUUCCGACAGAAAGACAUAUUUGCUAUGGACGACAAAUCAGAGAAUGAGCCCAUUGAAAAUGAAGCUGCCAAAUAUGAUCUAAAAUACAUAGGACUAGAUGGGAACAUUGCCUGCUUUGUGAAUGGUGCUGGGCUCGCCAUGGCUACUUGUGAUAUCAUUUUCCUUAAUGGUGGGAAGCCAGCCAACUUCUUGGAUCUUGGAGGUGGUGUAAAGGAAGCUCAAGUAUAUCAAGCAUUCAAAUUGCUCACAGCUGAUCCUAAGGUUGAAGCCAUCCUUGUCAAUAUAUUUGGUGGUAUCGUCAACUGUGCCAUCAUUGCCAAUGGGAUCACCAAAGCCUGCCGGGAGCUAGAACUCAAGGUGCCCCUGGUGGUCCGGCUUGAAGGAACCAAUGUCCAAGAGGCCCAGAAGAUACUCAACAACAGCGGACUCCCCAUUACUUCAGCCAUUGACCUGGAGGAUGCAGCCAAGAAGGCUGUGGCCAGUGUGGCCAAGAAGUGAUGUCUUUGUCCUGAUGCGAUGGAGAAAGAAAGUCAUUUUUCCAUAAAAAGGGAUGGUUCAUCAUUGUGAAACAAAUGGUUAUCUCAUUGGGCAAGAAAAGGGGAGGGGGAAGGCAAGAAUCACUGAAAAAUCUUAAAUCUGUGUUUUCUGGAAUAAGAUAUCUAGACAGCCUAAAUCUGAUUUUAGUCUUUAUAAAAAUAAUAUCUUGUGUUCUCAUACUUUUCUGUCACUGUAAGCCUGCCCAGUAGGCAGUGUUUUGCAGACUUUGGGGAGCGGUCUACGUGGCCAAAUAUUGUGUGUAUAGACAGAAUUUGAAAUCAGGUCCUGCUUCAUUUACAAGAAUUUUGGUGGGCAUCUAAUCCUACAUAAUGAAAAAGAAAAACAGACCAUUUAAAAACUCAGACACAAGAUUAUAUUUAAUAUAUUAAUUACUAAAAAGGCACAAGAUUACACUGAACAUAUUAGCUACUAAAAAGGCACUGCUAAGACAUUCAAGAAAAUAGCUAUUACACACUACUGCAGAUUUUACAGGUUUCUAAUUCUUACAUAUGUUUGAAAAAUCCAUGAGUAUUCCAAAAUAUAUUUAAUAAUGGAAUGUCUGCAUUAAUAUAGCAUCCAUGUGUUUUUACCAUUUGCCUUAAUAUUGAAUAUACUGUUUACCUCACUCUAAAAAGAAAACCAGAAGCCUUAUUUGUGAUUUUGGGAAUGGAAGCUUCCAUUUUUUUGUCAAAAAUGAAUCCUGAUUCUUAUGGAAAUCUCUGUUAUUAAGACAUUUCAAGAUGAGACAACACUGAAGAUCAAAUUGUGUUGAGUAUCAGUAUCUUCUCUCCUCGUUUAUCUCUUACUCCUCAUCCUCCCAGAAUCUACCAGUUUAUGGUAGAAAGAUGGGAACCUUGUUUGAAUGUGAUUUUUUUUCAUGAUUUCCAAUUUUGUUGUGGGAAAGGAUUUGGAUAAAAUUUUUGUUUAAAUUUUGGUAGAUUUUUAUCUAUACAAAUUUAAAUAAAAUUAUGUUUUGUAAGCUGUAA